GUGGCGCGACUGUUUAAUUCUCCGGUGGCCGCGGCAGAUUGUGGUGACGAGAUGGUUUUGACUGGGCUCAUCAGGAAGCUCGGUCAUCAGCUGGCGGAGAUCAGGGAGCGCGCUCUCAAAAGUAUCCUGUGCAAGAUUGAGCACAACUUGAUCUGCUAUGCUGAUCUAAUUCAGGAAAGGUUGCUUUUUUUCCAUUUGCUGGAAUGGUUCAAUUUCCCAGACGUCCCAAUGAAAGAGGAGGUUUUAAACCUGUUAAACAGAUUGAUUAAGUAUCCCCCAGCAGUCCAGCACCUGAUUGACCUUGGUGCAGUUGAGUUCUUAUCUAAGCUUCGUCUUAAUGUGGAGCCAGCUCUACAGGCUGAAGUUGAUGGUAUUCUUGAUGGACUUUUCAUCCUUCCUUCAGAAGUUCCUGCCCUGUGCUCUGCCACUCACCAGAUUGAUCAAACUCGUAAAGAUUUUCCUGACUUGUCACAGCAGCCUGAAGUCUUAACAGGAUAUUUUCCCCAAGACAAAAGUAACUUCCAGCAGAUGAAUGUACCCCUGGGACCAGUGGUAAAUCAGACUGUGAAGUGCUUGAAGUUUUCAAUAUUCCCUUGGCUACCCCUGACCACAACAGACAGACAUGUUCUCUCCUCCAGUGAAAGUUCUCUGAGCAGCAGUGACCACAGGCUGAUCUGGAACAUCUGUGAGCUUCUGAAGGAUGUCAUCAUGCAAGACUUCCCUGCGGAGAUUUUUCUUCAAAGGCCAAAAAUUGUUCAGAGCCUCUUGUCUCUCCUGAAACUCGCCUUUGGAGGAGACGGGAAGCAUCGUCUGGCAUUGCAGUCAGUGUCCUGCUUGCAGCAGCUGUGCACGUGUUUAAAAAACAGACUCAACUUUUACCAAGACCCCAAUUUUUUCUCUAAUAAACAAGACACAAUUUCCCAGAAUUCUUCUUUGUCUUACUGUCAUGAAGCAAGAGGUACUCACCAUUCCCCAAAUCCAUCUCCCGGAAGCAGCAGCCCUCGGCCUUCUGUGGUUGGGCGCACAGGCCAGCGGCCCCGAGGAGAUGGCCAGGACUGGGAUGCUGUGUCCUCCAGUGGAAGUAGUAGCCAUGCUCACAUGAACUCUAGGCUAUCUGUCCAUUCACCUUUGGAUAUGGGGCAUGUGGAUCUGCCCGAGCUGGAAGCAGAGGACACUCUGGAGCUGCAAUUCCAGCAGCUCAGCCUUCCUCAGUUCUGCAUCUCCGUUCUGGAAGCUGCAGUCCCUCUGCUAAGAACAGGUAGUAGAGAAAUGAUAAUAAGGGUUCUGGAACUGCUUACAGAGGAUACAGUGCUGACUGGACAGGCAAUUUCAGCCACUCUCUGGGAUGAUAGCAGCCUUUUUGCUAUAGAUAUGAAAGAGAAGCUGAUCCUAGUGUUGGGAUCCCUUGGAGAAACCAUGUGCUGUCGUAAAGCUAGCUUUAGCUUGGAACAAGCAGAGGCAGUGCUGGUGCAGCACAGGAUGGCCUUUGUCAGCAUUGCACUGUUCUCAGUCCGCCUGCUACAAACGCUUCUCCCUGUUGAAAAGGCAAGUGAGUUUUUGCCAGAGCCGCUAUCAGCAGCAUUAUCCCUCCUUUCUGUGGACAUGCCUAUUUCUUUGGAAUACCCAAAUAUUCAUGACACUGUUGUGGCCUAUUUGGAACAGCUGAAUUCUGAAAACUACAGUGUUUAUAAACGGACUGCAGAGGCUGUUUAUUCAAUUGAAUGUACCUGUAACUUCCUAUCAGAUGUCGGGAAGGAGGGAGAAAAGAAUCUCCUAGAAUUGGUGGAGCUGGCAGACCAAGCCUUGCGUAGCUUUUCCUAUCAUCAGCACUCCCCCCUAAUAAAGGAAAUCAUCUCCAUAUGUUCAAAAAUCUGGAAAUCUACACAGGCCAGUCCAUUACUCCAGGGAGAAAGUCAGAAGGUAUUUCUCCAUAUGCUGUCUCACCCGUUGCCACAGGUGAAGGUGGAGACAUAUCUCUGCAGUCUGGAGAUUGUGAAGGAAUGUUUAGGUGUCCAUAAUGUCACUAAACCUGUGUCUUCACUUUGUAGUGGAAUUCAUUUUCUGCUUCAUCCAAAAGUUCUAUAUGAAAUUUCUGCAUUUGGUAUGCAAGAACCCAAAAAUGAGGUGAGUGCUGCUGCCAAGGCCAUUCUGUUGUACCUGCUUCAGGGACGAUUGAUGAUGACAGCACUGACCUGGAACAAGUUUAUUGAAUCUCUCUGUCCUGUCAUUCCAGUGUUACAGGGCUAUGCUGAUCCAGAAGACCCCUUAGGUAACUGCAUUCUUCUCCUAAGCCAAGAGAGUUCUGAGGCAGGAGAAGGCAUUCUUCCCUGCACGACCAGGCUGAAGUCUAUACUGCGACUUUUGCUAGUGAAAAAACCAUCGGUUCGUUCACUAGCAUUAAAGCUUUUAGCAUUUCAUCUCACCAAUGAAGAAGGGGCCGAUAGAAAGCGCCCACCCAUAGAUGCCAGAGUUCUUUCCAGAGUUACUAAUCUAUUUAUUGUGAGAAAACCUAUUGAACUCAAAUUGGAUGACAGAAGAGAGCUAGUUAUUAAGUUGGAGACUGUUGAAAAGGUAUAUGAAAUCUUUACUUCAGAUGAUGUCGAUCUUGAUUUGAGAAAGUCGGCUGCAGAGCAGCUCGCUGUGAUCAUGCAAGAUAUUAAAAUGCAUGCUGUGGUGAAAAAGUUAUGCCUAAUUGACAAGAUAAUUGGGUAUUUAAAUAAAUGUGUGGCUCAAGAUGGCAAGGUUAUAGAAUGCUUGAUUCAGCCCUGUCUCACUCUCCUGAGGAAGGUUUUAUGUGCUGAUCCAGCUAUUCGUGUUUCCCUGUCACAACAAUCUUCUCUCUUGACCCUGUUAUUCAGAGUUUCCUUGAUAUUUCAGGAAGAUUGUACUGUGGUGACUGAAAUUGGGGCAUUGUUUUGUCUUCUGUUGUUUGAGGAGGUAUCAAGAAUGGAUACAUGGUCUGUUAAUCCUUCCAAUAAACCUUGUUUGUCAUCAGUCUUCAGCUUGCCUGUUUCAGUUUUCAGAAGAUAUCAUCUACCAGUUCAUGUGAUUGGCCACCAUGCUGUGAGCCCUUAUUCAAUAGUUUUGCCAUUAUCAGCUGAUUGUUUGGCUUUGAAACCAGUGUCAGAUAUGCUGAGAAUAGCUUGGAACCUGGCAUGGUACCAUGGGAGUGAUAAUCUGUUGAAACAGAUGACCUCAGAAAGGAAAACUCCAGAAUUUUUAGAUACAUUGCAGCUGUCCACAGAGGACAUCCUUUCUCUGAAGAUCACACACACAGCUAGUGGGCUUCAGGACUGCCUUCACGCCAUCGUUCAGGCUGGAGGCCACAGGGAUGUGAGGGCUGCUGUUACCAGGAUGAGUUUUUAUCUUCUGAAUGACAAACUGUGUUGGAAAGAUGAUACUGGGCCGUGUGGGGUUACCUUAAAAUCCUUGGCUUGGCACAAUGUGCUAAACAGGUUUUUGCAAGUACUUCCUGCUUGCACUGAAGAUGAGAAAUUGCUAAUAGAUAUCAUACAUUUUUUGAAUAAAUUGAUGAAAGAACAAAGAAAAAAUCCAUCAGUUGAACUUUUAAAUUGGAUUCUAGAGUUACUUCUUAGGCAUAAUCCAAACCCACUUUUAGACCUCCUGGUUCUGGCAGAAUCACAAGCACGAGAAGAAACAGAUGAUAUCCAGACCGCUGUCCGACAACGGCUUCAGAAAGAACUGAUUUCUCUCUUCAACACACUGCUACUCGUGUUCGUGACAGUCACUGACAGGAAAUGCUUGGAACGUCUUCAUGUUUUCCAAACACAGCUGUCUCUGAAGCUGCUCCAAUGUCUCCGAGUCACAGAUGCUCCCCAUUUCUACGGCUUGCCUUCCCUGGAGCGGACCUUACAAGGGAUGGCUCACCUCACUGCCUUCCCUGGAUGGAGCUCACACUCUCCUCUCACAAAGCCACUUGAAAUUUGUGGGAAGUACUUAUCUGGUCUUCUGGAGGUCAUCACUUCUUUUUAUGUGGAACGCGGAGGGAAUGCUAUGUCCUUCAUGGGAAAAGGUGUUACGAAGAGCACUGUUCUUUGCUUACUUCAUUUAUCCCAUGAGAUGAUGGCCCAGGCUCCAAGCUCGGAGUGGAUAUCCCUUUGGUUCUUGCCUUUGGGUAGUCACAGUGAAGAACACUCUCCUGCACAGCAAGGCUUGGCCUGGUUAAUCCCAUUAUGGGUUGAUCGAGACCCAGAGGUGAGAUUCACCUCACUGGGCUUGGGAUCAGCACUAACUACUCUCGAAGCUGGCUGUGUGUCCUUGGCAAACAGUUGUCAGAAUAUUUCUGGUGGGCUCUGGGGAACUGUGGUGAACAUUCUUCUGGAUCAGUCAGAAUGUAGCAUGGUGCGCCGGGAGGCUGCAUUUAUUCUUCAGAAUCUCCUUGUAAUUCCCAUGCCUUCAGAAAUUAUAAAGGAUUAUACUUGGCAGGGUCCCUGUGUCCAUGAUGAGGACUCUGGCCUGUCACUCGUAGGAAAACCUGCACUUCAGGCUCUUCUCUAUCACUGUCAUUUCUAUGAACAUUUGACCCAGAUGGUGAAACACUGUUAUACAGGGAGGUAUAUGUUUGAUUUGAGUUUUUCUGCUUUUGGUGAAAUUUCAGAAAGCAGUGACUUAAAUGGAUUAGAUGACUCAUUCAAGUUUUGGAGGCCUCCCUCAAGGAUGUCCAGUCAGGAUCAUGACCCAAGCUCUCUCUCCACCUCAGAAACAAUGGUGGCAGCCUCAGCCGGGAGCGCUGAAUUUCAGCCACUUAUGCCGUCAGUGACACUUCUCCCUGAAACUUCUCUUAACCAGUUUGAAGCUCAAGGUCAGCAUGAAGCUACACCAGCACGGCCUCCUCGUGACUCAUCGCUGUCUGCUCACCUGCCCAAGCAGUAUGCGUUUGUUACCCCACCUCUUCUAUCAGCAAUCUGUAGCCUCUUAGACAACCUCUUGAUAAUCAUGUCAAGAGAUGCUGCAAAUGCUUUUCGACAAGCCCAUCUCAUAGAGCUUCUCUGUAGCACUCUGGAUGCUUUGCUCAUAGAGAUGUGUAUCCAGGAACUCAAGACUCCACUGCCCUCAUCUUCUCCAGUUGAACAUGCUCAGGCUCAGGUUUCCUUUUUCCUGGAAUACAUGUCAUCUCUGUCCCGGCUUCUUCAGUCUUGUCUGUUGGUAGAUCCUGACCUUGUAACACAGGAUCACCUCUUGAAAACUCUUAUCACCAAUGUCACUAGAGUUCUCACUGUGUGCAUCAAAGAUGUAUUAGAUGUACAGUUAGUAUUGGCUUUUUAUCAGACAUGGACACAUUUAUUUGACCUUCUGGUCACACUCCUGAGGAAAGCUGGUACUGUCUCCCUCCUUCCUAUUACCUCAGCUCUCGCCAAGCACUGGGAAGCAGUGGUGGAUCUGCUGUGCAGAUGUGUGGGCUUGUCAGUCAGGUGCCCUGCCCUGUGUACUGCCAGCCUGCAGUUCCUGUCUGUUCUCUUGGCUGAGGAAGAAAAACAGCGUCUCCAGGCCAAGGACAAAACGAGCACAGACCCUUCUCCAACAGUGGCUUCACUUCUUGAUGACACUCAGGAAAGUCAUAAAUCUUCAGAGCGACUUAAUGAAAUAAUUCUUCAGUGCUAUGAAGGGAAAUCCUCCAAAGAUAUCCUGAAAAGAGUUGCUGCGAAUGCGUUGAUGUCUCUUCUGGCUGUCAGUAGAAGAGCCCAGAAGCACGCUUUGAAAGCUGAUCUGAUAGAGAGCUGCGUGGAGCAGAUGAAACACAUUAAUGCGCAGCUGAACCUGGAUUCGUUGAGGCCUGGGAAAGCAGUGCUGAAAAACAAGGAGGAUGGCUUUGUUAAAGAGUUAAGCAUUACCAUGCAGCUCCUAAGAAACUGCCUGUAUCAAAAUGAAGAAUGUAAAGCAGCAGCCCUUGAAGUGCAUCUUGUCCCCAUAGUGCACUCUCUCUGGCCAUGGCUUUUGAUGGAGGAUUCAUUGAUGCAAAUUACCUUACAGCUGCUUUGUGUCUACACUGCAAAUUUUCCAAGUGGUUGCAGUUCUCUUUGUUGGUCAAGUUGUGGACAGUAUGUUCAAGCUGCACACAGAGGCGUCCCCAGCAGCUCCCUCAUCUUGUGUAUCCUGAAGCUGGCAUCUCAGGUGCCUCUCGAGAACACCACCAUUCAGCAGAUGGUUUUUAUGUUUCUCUCCAACCUGGCCUUAUCUCAUGACUGCAAGGGUAUAAUUCAGAAGAGUAACUUCUUACAGAACUUCCUGUCUGUAACAUUGCCAAAAGGAGGAAAUAAGCAUCUCAGCAAUCUAACCGUCCUUUGGUUGAAGUUCCUGCUGAAUCUGUCAUUUGGAGAAGAUGGGCAACAAAUGAUCCUGAGGCUGGAUGGCAGCUUAGACUUACUCACAGAAAUGAGCAAGUACAGGCAUAAGAGUAGCCCUUAUAUUCCUCUGCUUAUUUUUCAUAACAUUUGCUUCAGUCCUGCUAAUAAGCCCAAGAUCCUAGCUAAUGAGAAAGUCAUUGCUCUUCUAGCUACCUGUCUGGAAAGUGAGAAUCAUAGCGCCCAGAGGAUUGGAGCAGCUUCACUCUGGGCUCUGCUUUACAAUUAUCCAAAGGCAAAAACAACUUUGAAAAAUCCAUUGAUAAAAAGAAGAGUAGAUGAAGCAUAUUCCAUAGCAAAGAGAGCUUUCUCCAGCUUAGAAGAAAACACUCUAAAUGCCUACUAUUUGAAAUGCCUUGAAAGUCUUGUACAGCUGCUCAACUCUUCCUGAGUCAUGAAACAUUCUACCCGAGAGCUGACCUCCACCCACAAGAGAGCUGAAUCUGAGGCCAGCGUUGUACAGCGGGUGCUCCCAGGACACAUACUAACUCUGCAGUGCCAACACCUCCCUUCCCUAGGAAGCACCAGCCACACUGAGAGAAAUAGAAUCAGUGACUCUCCACAUUGAUCAUAUGUGGCAGCCCUCCAGAAGCUAGGACUGACACAAAAUGACAUAGAGAUGCAGAGUGUGCUAAAUGUUUUUGUAUUUUUCUAUGCAAUAUGUUUUGUAAAAAUCCUAUUUAAUAGUUAUUUAAUAAAAUGUUUUCAGAAACUACAAA